AUGGAUAAACGGAGAACGCUGCACCGGCUGGAGACUGGGAUGGAUAAACGGAGAACGCUGCACCGGCUGGAGACUGGGAUGGAUAAACAAAGCCUUGCUGUAGCACUUUGUUGUACUUGCCAAGGUCCACCCUCCCACUUAUUCUUUCUUCGUCAGCAGGAGGACGAGAAUUUGGAAUCAACAGAUGAGAACUUGGUGCGAGGAAACUGGUCAUUGAAGGCUGACUAUGUGUUGUCAGUGGUUGGCUUCACUGUGGGGCUGGGAAACCUCUGGCGUUUCCCUUACCUGGUGUACAAGAAUGGAGGAGGGGCUUUCCUCAUUCCCUACGCAAUCAUGAUGGCAGUUGCUGGAAUGCCACUGGUCUUCCUGGAAACUGCUUUGGGACAGUUUGCCAGUCUGGGACCUCUGGAAGUGUGGAAAGUUGUGCCCAUCCUACAAGGUUUGGGAAUUCUGUCAUUUAUUCUAUCAGUACUUCAAAGCAUCUACUACAACAUCAUCAUCAGCUACAGCCUGUUCUACUUGUUCUCCUCCUUCCAAUACCCCCUGCCAUGGGACAACUCUUCCAGAUGGUCGGAUAAACAUGUAUCCUGUGCCAGAGCUUACUGUGGUGCACUUGAGCUGAUACUCUUAUGCCCUUUUGUUUCAGAACUCACUUUGAAUGUUUCUUUGCCAACUGGAGGCUACAAAAUAAUUCAAAACAAAACGUGUGCCAAUAGAACCAUUACAAAGCCAGCAACUGAAAUUUACUGGGAUGAGAAAGUUUUACAACGCUCACCUUCAAUCAAUCAUACUGGAAAGUUAAACUGGGACUUGGCCCUUUGCCUCCUCCUAGCCUGGCUGGUAGUUUUUAUUGUAGUUUCUAAAGGAAUCAAAUCUUCAGGAAAGGUGGUUUACUUCACUGUGACAUUCCCUUACUUCGGUCUGAUUUUACUGUUGAUCCGAGGGGCAACCCUGACUGGAGCUAAUAAAGGGAUCGAAUUCUACAUUGGAAACCAGCUAGACUUCUCCAAACUGGCUAAUGCUGAGGUUUGGAAAGAUGCUGCAACACAAUCUUUCUAUUCCCUGUCAGUGACCUUGGGUGGGCUGAUGGCACUGUCGUCCUACAACAAGUUCCACAAUGACUGUUGCUCAGAUGCCAUCAGUAUUUGUAUUAUCGAUGGUCUCACAAGCAUAUUUGCUGGAUUCACCAUAUUUACCGUUCUUGGACAUUUGGCUCAUGAUUUGAAUAUGCCGGUUUCUGCAGUGACUCAUUCAGGUUUUGGAUUGGCUUUUCUUGCCUGCCCAGAAGCUCUUCUUCAUUUGCCAAUUUCUCCUCUUUGGUCCAUUAUAUUUUUCUGCACAAUUGUUACACUGGGAUUUUCCAGUCAAUCUGUACUAGUAGAAGUCAUUAUAACAUGCCUACAAGAUAAGUUUCCUGUUCUGCUCCGGAAAAAACGUCUUUAUCUAACAGCCGCUGUUUGUCUGGUCUUAUACCUUAGUGGCAUCUUUUUAGUGACACAGGUGAGAAGAAUUUGA